CCGGGACCGAGGGCGCUAACUGGCUGUCCGUUGCCUUGCAGCUCCCGGAGAGCGGCCUCCCCAUGAAGCUGGAGUGAGGGCCCAGGCCAGGGGCCGCCGUCCGCGGCAGGAUGACCAAGACGCGGCUCUUCCGCCUGUGGCUGGCGCUGGGCUCCGUGUUCAUGAUCCUGCUGAUCAUCGUGUACUGGGACAGCGUGGGCACCGCCCACUUCUACCUCCUGCUGCGGGACUUCUGCGCCAACGCCAGCUUCGCCUUCCCCGCCAAGGAGCGCUCCUUCGACGACAUCCCCAACUACGAGCUGAACCACCUCAUCGUGGACGACCGCCACGGUGUCAUCUACUGCUACGUGCCCAAGGCGGCCUGCACCAACUGGAAGCGCGUCAUGAUCGUGCUCAGCGGCAGCCUCCUGGACCGCGGCGCGCCCUACCGCGACCCCCUCGACAUCCCCCGCGAGUUCGUGCACAACUCCAGCACGCACCUGACCUUCAACAAGUUCUGGCGCCGCUACGGGAAGUUCUCGCGCCACCUCAUGAAGGUCAAGCUGAAGAAGUACACCAAGUUCCUGUUCGUGCGCGACCCCUUCGUGCGCCUCAUCUCCGCCUUCCGCAGCAAGUUCGAGCUGGAGAACGAGGAGUUCUACCGCAAGUUCGCGGUGCCCAUUGAGAAGAGCACAGAGUAG